GAGGUGCAGUGGAUGGACACGGAUGCACCGUUUCCUUGCCGGCGCUCGAACCCGCGACUCGUGACUGCUCGUGCUUUCAUCAGGCGUCCUGCUGGCUGGCUCGUGCUGCAGAAGAUCCCAGGGUUCCCGCUCGUGUUGAUGUCAUGUCUCCCAUCGCCAGGCGGGACGAUGGGGAACAGAUCCAUGAAGGAAAAGCGCUACCAAGGCGGCCCCGGCUCCAAAGAACGCACCCGUGCCUUCAAGAACCCAUCUCUGGAUCUCCUGUGGUCCCGCGUGGAAGAGCUGGAGCGGGAGGUCCGCAGGAGGGAUGAGGAGCUGGAUGCCAAAGAGCAGCUUCUCAAAGGUCUCCGGGAGCAGCUGGCGGUGCAGGAACAGGGUCUGAACCGCCUCAGAGAAGAACUGCAGAACAAGCGAGUGGAGAAGAACCAAAAUGCGGACGGUCCUGGCGGGAAGGGCAGCCCCUGCCUCGGGAUGCGCAUCAAGGGGACCCCCAACAGGAGGAAGGGGGCCAAAGCCGGAGUGUCGGCCGAACCCUCAUCCAGAACCUACGACUCCAGCGACCUGCCCGCAUUCUCUUUUGAGAAGGCCCGGGUACCCAAAGAGUCCAGCGUGAAGAAGCAGCUGGUGGAGGCCCUGAACAAGAACCAGUACCUGAAGCGCCUGGAGGUGCAGCAGCUCCGAGACAUGGUGGACUGCAUGUACCAGCGCACCUACCAGCAGGGGGACUACGUGGUCCAGCAGGGGGAACCGGGCCACCAUUUGUUUGUCCUGGCAGAUGGAAAGUUGGACGUGUUUCAGCACGAGAAGCUGCUGUCGUCGAUCGGCGUGUGGACGGCGUUUGGAGAGUUAGCCAUCCUCUACAACUGCACCCGCACGGCCUCAGUGCGAGCCGUGAACAAAGUGCGGACAUGGACUUUGGACCGCGAGGUGUUCCAGAACAUCAUGAGGCGCACGGCCGAGACACGGCACGAACAGUACCGCAACUUCCUGCGAAGCGUGUCACUGCUGGCUAAUCUGCCCGACGACAAGCUUGGCAAAAUAGUUGACUGUCUGGAAGUGGAAUACUACAACAAAGGUGAGUACGUCAUCAGGGAAGGAGAGGAGGGCAGCACCUUCUACAUCAUCGCCCAGGGAAAGGUGAAGGUGACCCAGACCACCGACACCCACAAGACCCCCCAGGUCAUCAACACACUGCACAAGGGGGACUACUUUGGAGAGAAAGCUCUCAUCAGCGAUGACGUCAGGUCUGCUAACAUCGUUGCCGACGACGACGGUGUGGAGUGUCUGGUCGUGGACCGAGAGACGUUUGACCAGACGGUGGGAACGUUCAACGAGCUCCAGAGUUACCUUCAAGGCUACGUGGCCACGCUGGAUCGUGACGACAAGAAGAGACACGCCAGCAGGAGAUCCCUGUCUCGCCACCAAAGCCAGCCUUUGCCUCCAGACGUCCUCCAACUGAAGAACAUGGUGGCCGCUUUCACGCCAUCCAGACCCUUUGACCACUUGGAGGUGGUCGCCACGCUCGGCGUGGGAGGAUUUGGGCGAGUGGAACUGGUGAGGGUGAAGGGCAAGGACGUGUCCUUUGCGCUGAAGGUCAUCAAGAAGAAGCAUGUGGUGGACAACAGGCAGGAAGAGCACAUCCACUCCGAGAGGAGGAUCCUGUCUGAGGCGCGAUCGCCGUUUGUCGUCAAACUGUACAGGACCUUCCGAGAUAACAAGUACGUGUACAUGCUCCUGGAGGCGUGUCUGGGAGGAGAAGUUUGGAGUCUUCUCAGAGACAGGGGGAGUUUCGAUGAGCCCACAGCCAAGUUCUGUGUGGGCUGCGUCACCGAGGCCUUUGACUACCUGCAUCGCAAAGGGAUCCUCUACCGAGACCUGAAGCCUGAGAACCUCAUGUUGGACUCUGAGGGCUAUGUCAAGCUGGUGGACUUCGGCUUUGCUAAGAAGAUCCGGAGCGGCCAGAAGACCUGGACCUUCUGCGGGACUCCGGAGUACGUCGCCCCGGAAGUCAUCCUCAACAAGGGCCACAACUUCAGCGUGGAUUUCUGGUCGCUGGGAAUCCUGGUCUAUGAGCUCCUCACUGGCAGCCCCCCCUUCACAGGAAGUGACCAGAUGAUGACGUACACCUUCAUCCUGAAGGGGAUUGAGAAGAUGGACUUUCCCAAGAAGAUAACCAAGAGGCCGGAUGACCUCAUACGCAAGCUGUGCAGGAGAAAUCCGUCCGAGCGACUGGGCAACUUGAAAAGUGGACUCAGUGACAUCAAGAAGCACAGGUGGUUCAACGGCUUCAACUGGGCGGGGCUUAAGGCCAGGACGCUCCCGUCGCCGCUCAAGAGAAACGUGAGCGGUCCCACGGAUUACAGCCACUUUGACGUUUAUCCUGCCGAUGAAGACUGUCCUCCUGACGAGCUCUCCGGCUGGGACUUGGACUUCUGAGACAUUUUACUUCUGUUCUUGUGUUACAUCCGAAACAUUGAACUGAUGUUCACGCGUCCUCGUCGGCCAUGUUUCAUUUGACUGCGUUUUCACCUUUUCGUUCCGAUGUUUCGAGUGAGGAUUUUUGUUUUUCACGUUUUUGUUACGCCGUUUCAUGUGACAGCUUUUUGUGUUACAAUGUUUCGUGUUGCGACGCUCUUGUGUUACGGUGUUUCAGCAUUUUCGUUCCGAUGUUUCACGUUAUGUUACGUUAUGUUACGUUAUGUUACGUUAUGUUACGUUAUGUUACGUUAUGUUACGUUAUGUUACGUUAUGUUACGUUAUGUUACGUUAUGUUACGUUAUGUUACGUUAUGUUACGUUAUGUUACGUUAUGUUACGUUAUGUUACGUUAUGUUUCGUGUUCCUUUUGUGUUCCAACAUGUUUGAUUCAUGUUACGACAUUUGUGUUACAACGUUUCAUUUGGCAACGUAUUGUGUUACAAUGUUUUGUGUUACGACGCUCUGUGUUACGGUGUUUCAGCUUCUGUUUUCAGGUUACGACAUUUUCAUUCAGAUGUUUCAUGUUAUGUUACGACAUGGCGUUUGUCGUAACAUAACGUGCUUGUUGUAACAUUUCGUGUUACGGCGUUUCACAGCUUCCGCUUUCACAUUAUGACAUUUUCGUUGCGAUGUUUCACGUUAUGUUACGUUAUGUUUCGUGUUCCUUUUGUGUUCCAACAUGUUUGUGUCAUGUUACGACAUUUGUGUUACAACGUUUCAUUUGGCAACGUAUUGUGUUACAAUGUUUUGUGUUACGGCGCUCUGUGUUACGGUGUUUCAGCUUCUGUUUUCAGGUUACGACAUUUUCAUUCAGAUAUUUCAUGUUAUGUUACGACAUGGCGUUUGUCGUAACAUAACGUGCUUGUUGUAACAUUUCGUGUUACGGCGUUUCACAGCUUCCGUUUUCACAUUAUGACAUUUUCGUUCCGAUGUUUCACGUUAUGUUACGUUAUGUUUCGUGUUCCUUUUGUGUUCCAACAUGUUUGUGUCAUGUUACGACAUUUGUGUUACAACGUUUCAUGUGGCGACUUUUUGUGUUACAAUGUUUCGUGUUACGACGCUCUUGUGUUACGGCGUUUCACCUUCCGUUUUCACAUUAUGACAUUUUCGUUCCAAUGUGUCACGUUAUGUUACGUUAUGUUUCGUGUUCCUUUUGUGUUCCAACAUGUUUGAUUCAUGUUACGACAUUUGUGUUGCAACGUUUCAUUUGGCAACUUAUUGUGUUACAAUGUUUUGUGUUACGACGUUCUGUGUUACGGUGUUUCAGCUUCUGUUUUCAGGUUACGACAUUUUCAUUCCGAUGUUUCACGUUAUGUUACGACAUGGCGUUUGUCGUAACAUAACGUGCUUGUUGUAACAUUUCGUGUUACGACGCUCUUGUGUUACGGUGUUUCACAGCUUCCGUUUUCACAUUAUGACAUUUUCGUUCCGAUGUUUCACGUUAUGUUACGUUACUUUUUUGUGUUCCUUUUGUGUUCCAACCUGUUUGAUUCAUGUUAUGACAUUUGUGUUACAACGUUUCAUUUGGCAACUUUUUGUGUUACAAUGUGUCAUGUUACGACGCUCUUGUGUUACGGCGUUUCACCUUCCGUUUUCACAUUAUGACAUUUUCGUUCCGAUGUGUCAUGUUAUGUUACGUUAUGUUUCGUGUUCCUUUUGUGUUCCAACAUGUUUGAUUCAUGUUACGACAUUUGUGUUGCAACGUUUCAUUUGGCAACUUAUUGUGUUACAAUGUUUUGUGUUAUGACGCUCUGUGUUACGGUGUUUCAGCUUCUGUUUUCAGGUUACGACAUUUUCAUUCAGAUGUUUCAUGUCAUGUUACGACAUGCCGUUUGUCGUAACAUAACGUGCUUGUUGUAACAUUUCGUGUUACAAUGUUUGAAGUUCUGUUUUUGGGUUCCGGCAUUUUAGUUCUGAUGUUUCAUGUUGUGAUAUUUUUGUGUUAUGGCGUUCCGUGUUCCGUUUUGUCUUGCAUGUUACGACAUUUGCGUUACAACGUUUCAUGUGGCGACAUUUUGUGUUACAAUGUUUCGUGUUACGACACUCUUCUGUUUCAACUUCCGUUUUCAGGUUAUGACAUUUUCGUUCUGAUGUUUAAUGUUAUGUUACAACAUUUCUUGUUACAAUGUUUUAAGUUCUGUUUUUGGGUUCCGACAUUUUAGUUCUGAUGUUUUAUGUUAUGAUAUUUUGUGUUUCAUGUUCCAUUUUGUGUUUCAUGUUACGACAUUUGUGUUACAACAUUUCAUGUGGCAACUUUUUGUGUUACAUGUUUCAUGUUACGACGUUCUGUGUUACGGUAUUUCAGCUUCCGUUUUCACGUUAUGACAUUUUCGUUUUGAUGUUUCACGUUACGUUACGACAUUUCGUGUUACAAUGUUUGAAGUUCUGUUUUUGGGUUCCGACAUUUUAGUUCUGAUGUUUUAUGUUAUGAUAUUUUGUGUUCCGUUUUGUGUCCCAACAUGUUUGUGUCAUGUUACAACAUUUGUGUUACAACAUUUCAUUUGGCAACUUAUUGUGUUACAGUGUUUUGUAACACGUCAUAGCAUGCUCUGUCUUACAGUGUUUCAGCUUCUGUUUUCAGGUUAUGACAUUUUCGUUCUGAUGUUUCAUGUUAUGUUACGACAUUUCAUGUUACAAUGUUUAAAGUUCUGUUUUUGGGUUUCGACAUUUUAGUUCUGAUGUUUUAUGUUAUAUUUUGUUUCAUGUUUCGACAUUUGUGUUACGACAUUUCAUGUGACAACUUUUUGUGUUACAAAGUUUCAUGUUGCGACGCUCUGUGUUACAGUAUUUCAGCUUCCGUUUUCAGGAUAUGACAUUUUUUGUUCCGAUGUUUCAUGUCACGGCAUUUUGUGUUACGGCGUGUUACAGCCUUUUAAGCUCGAAUGUUUGUGUUGACAUUUUGCGUUACAAAGUUUUGGAUCCCGUGUCAUGUUCUGACCUUGUGGGUCAGUUUUGCGUUACGAUAUUUUGUGUUACGCCGUUUCGUGUUACGAUGCGCCAUGUUACAAUGUUGUACAGUAACGGUCAAAAGUUUGGAGACACUUGACCAUUUUCUACAAUGAAAAAAUGUCUUUAAACUUUUGACGAGAACUGAAAAUGACGCUCUACUGUGUAGAAAAUGUAAACAGUGUAUUAUAGUUUUAUCUGGUAUUUACAGUAUUUGUUAAAAAGUUCCACGUAAUAAACGAUGACUUACAAAAUACACAAACUACGACUCAACACGUCAGAUUUAGCGUACUUUUAUUUGUGUCUUUGAAUGCUGUGAGUGGAAGGCGGCCAUGGCGGAAAGUGGGGGGGGGGGGGGCAAGGUUACAUGUCCAUUGUUUUUUAAAGCCACGCCCCCUCCUUCCCUUCCCGACCACACCCCUUCUACAAGAUAGACAAAAUAAAUAGGAGCAUGUUUCCAUAUACAAAUAUACUUUAUGACGCUUAUUGUACAAGCAAGCGAACAUUUACACAAAUUUAAAAAAAAACAACCUUUCUAGGACAUGCAGCGCUAAAAACACGUACAAAAAAUAUAGCAAAGUUACAAAAAAAAACAACAUUUGACACAAAAUAAAUGUCUCUUAUUUGAAAUAUACUUUUUAAAAGAAUAAACACUCAUUAUUCUUUUUUACUAACUGAUCCAGAGUCAGUCGGCAAUAAAAGUUAAGGUGACGCUAUAAACAAAAAUAAUGUACAAAAAAAGCUUGUGUUUGGUCUGUAUAAAUAGUUUUGGUUCUUAGCUCUAAAAAAAAUCGAAUAAAAAAUAACACAACCUGAGGAAAUGUGUGUGUGUGUGUGUGUGUGUCUGGUUGCUAUGGUGACCUCAUCCAAUAAAAAAAAAAUGUACAUCAUACAUCAACAAUGAAAGUAAAAAAAAAAUCACGGAAAAGCCAAAUUUAAUUUUGAUGAAUUUUUAACAGGAGAGACAAAUCAUAAAAAAACUAAUAUAUAAAAUAACAUAAUAAAAUUAAAAUAAAUUAAAAUAAAAUUUUGAGAUGCGUACACUCUGAAUCGGGUGUGGCCGAACUAUUUCCACAAAAAAAGACAGAAAAAAAAUCCAGCGUAGAUACGCAAAAAAAAAUUAUAAAAAAUUAUAAAAAAAUUAUAAUUAUUAUAUCAACAUUUCAACUUUUGCCUCUUCCUGUUUUCAGUUUUCUGCUAUUUUUUUUCCUUUUUUUGCAAUUUCAUUAUAUUUUUAGAAUAAGCCAUUAGCCAAAAAAGGCAAUUCUUCAUUUUUAGCGUAACAAUCAAUAAAAAAUGACCCGGGACGCAUUUGAGGGAAUUCGGGAAAAAUAUAAUUUUUUUGUGUUUUCAACGACACAGUUUGCGUUUCGUAUUCCAUCACUCGAUCCGACAACAUUUCAUGUUCAGUUUCCUGUUCCGACCUUUUAGUUCCAAUGUUUGUGUUUUCGGGUUCCACGUUACGGCAUUUCAUGUUACGUUUCAGUUCCGAAGUUUUGAGUUCCACUUUAUGGCAUUUCAUGUUACGUUUUGGGUUACAAGGUUUCGAAUUUCAUGUUAUGGCAUUUCAUGUUACGUUUCAGUUCCGAAGUUUUGAGUUCCACGUUAUGGCAUUUCAUGCUACAUUUCAGGUUGCAAAGUUUAGAAUUUCACGUUAUGAUAUUUCAUGUUACGUUUCGGGUUACAAAGUUUCAAGUUCCACGUUAUGGCAUUUCAUGUUACAUUUCGGGUUACAAAGUUUUGAGUUUCACGUUAUGACAUUUCAUGUUAUGUUUCGGGUUACAAAGUUUCAAAUUUCACGUUAUGGCAUUUCAUGUUACGUUUCGGGUUAUAAAGUUUCGAGUUCCACGUUAUGGCAUUUCAUGUUACAUUUUGGGUUACAAAGUUUUGAGUUUCACGUUAUGGCAUUUCAUGUUACGUUGCGGGUUACAAAGUUUUGAGUUUCACGUUAUGGCAUUUCAUGUUACGUUUUGGGUUACAAGGUUUCGAAUUUCACGUUAUGGCAUUUCAUGUUACGUUUCAGUUCCGACGUUUUGAGUUCCACGUUAUGACAUUUCAUGUUACGUUUUGGGUUACAAAGUUUUGAGUUUCACGUUAUGACAUUUCAUGUUACGUUUCAGUUCCGAAGUUUUGAGUUCCACGUUAUGGCAUUUCAUGUUAAGUUUCGGGUUCUGAAGUUUCGAAUUCCGGAUUAUGGCAUUUCAUGUUACGUUUCAGGUUACAAAGUUUCGAGUUCCACGUUAUGGCAUUUCCUGUUACAUUUCGGGUUACAAAGUUUUGAUUUCUGCGUAAUGGCAUUUCAUGUUACAUUUCGGGUUACCGAUAUUUCAUAUUACGACAUUUUGUGUUUUUCCGUUUGUUGUUACAACACGACAGUGUUACGCUGUGUAACGCUUGGUGUUACAAUGUUAUGUGUUACGACAUUUUGUGUUUUGGCAUUUCAACGCAUUUUUGUUUCUGUGAUGUUUAAUUUGGAAUCCAUGAUUGAUGGUCGGGACCCAAACAAAGAAGAGGAAGAGGCGUCGCCGCUGAGGAGGAGUACCACGCCCCCUGGGGGUGUCAGUUCAAACUGAAGCAAGGUGACCGUUCUAAUCCUAAAAUCUUUCCUUCAGCGUUCCUCCUGGUUCCUCACAACCGGCGGAGUUGUGACUUUCCACCGCGGCCCCGCCCCCAGAUCGGACCCGCUCCUUCCUGCCAGAGUUUCCAUGACGACAGAAAGCAGGAGGGUGCGGAAUGUGUGGGUGGGGUGACGGGGGUGUACAAAGACAACUAUCUGCACGCGCACGAGUCCACGGUCAUGUUGGGGUAGACCUUGAGGACCACGUUCUUGUCCUCGUCGAAGAAGAGGAUGCUGAGCGACGACAUCUUCUCCGGAACGCAGCACGGCUCCGGGAUGCCCGGGACCACGCCCACCGCCCGCACGAUGCUCUGGAUGGUGGCGUGGUUCGACGGCUUCAAGGCCUGGAAAGAAAACAAGCGAUGCUAAAAUGUUAGCUGUUUUUUUUUUAAAUGAU